UAAACCAGAUACAUUAAAUAUUCUAUGAAUCUAAAAAGCAAACUUUUUCUUAUAAUAAGGACCAGAGGGAGUAAUAGUGUUUUUCUAGAGUGGAUGGAUACAUCCCGUUUGUCUCACAUGUUUGGGGUAUUAAAUCAUUAUCAGCUACUUAUUGUUAUGUGAAUAAUAAGCCAACUAACUCAGGUUAUUCAUAAGAUGCCAACUAAAAGGCAAGAAUCAACUUUUGAUAAGUUAAGUAAAAGGCACCCGUAGGUCGAUGUUCAUUUGACAAGGCAUGUUAAUUCAUGUGUUGUAGUUUUAGUUGCAGUGGAAAAAUAGAAUAGAUUUAGUAAGAGAGUUGCUUCUGCAAUGGGGUCGUGCUUUCUUUGAAACUUCCCUUGUUUGGAGAUUAUUCAACAAGGGAGGAGAAGUAGUCCGAUGAUAUUUUUGCUUUAACAGGUGGCAGACAGUGUUAACUUAGAAGGGAGGUGACUAACACUUGUAAAAUUAAAUAAUGGAGGUCAGUGCUUGAUUUAAAAAUAGAGGGGUGUUUGUGAUAUUUGAAGAGAACUUGGGGGAGGACAUUCUAAUUUACCUUCAAUUUAUGAGUACUGAAUCUAUGACAAAUUGCAAUCAAUGUUUACAUUGAAAGGAACAUUAAAUAUGGGAUCUAUUUUUAUCAGAAUUGCGAUCCAGAUCGUAAGAUCGUAUUGUUUUAUGAUCUUACUCAUCCCCAACAAUCCGGAUCGGUGUUGAAUCGAGAACGAAGCAAAAUCACUGUAUAAUCACGCGAAAUUGUUGUGAAAUCGUGCAAUUUUAGAUGAUUCUAUACGAUACUGGGCCGUUUUUUCUCGGGUCAAUGCCAACCCGCUUUGCAACCCAAUUAUAUAAAACGACAAAAACCCUAAUGUUUUAAUUUUUCAAAUCCUCUCUCAACCAACUGCCUCUCUUGCGCUGCCUCUCUAUUCCUUCUUCAUCAUUGGAGGCUUACGAGUUGUGACCUUUUCUUCAUAAAAAAUCACUCUAUUUUCCUUCCUUCUCACUCUAUUUUAUUCGAAGCGGAACAUAUCUUAUCCACAUCAAAAAUAAUUAAACUGUAACUUGUUAAGGAUUAGAACACAGAGAAGAUGAAGAUGGAAGCUUCAGUUGCUGCAGCUGCAGUGGAGAAGAUAAUCGGUUACACCUUCAGAAACAAGAAGCUUCUGGAAGAAGCCCUAACCCACACUUCUAUCCGUGAAGCCGUUUCCUACAAACGCCUAGAGUUCGUCGGCGGCGCUGUUUUAGGCCUUGCUAUCAGCAACUAUCUCUUCCACACUUACACCUCCGUUGACCCCCAUCACCUCUCUCUCCUCCGUGACGCAAAUGUCAGCACCAAGAAACUCGCUUGUGCUGCCGUUUAUCGUGGUCUUCACUAUUACGUCCGCCACAACACGUCUUCUAUUGAUGAUCAGAUUCGAGAGUUUGUUGAUGCGGUUGAGCGAGAGAAGGAUUGUGCUGUUGUGUUGUAUGGUGGAUCGGUGAAAGCUCCCAAGAUUAGGGAUGCCAAGAUUCUUGCUGAUAUUAUUGAAUCUAUUGCUGCUGCUGUUUAUUCUGAUGUUGAUUUUGAUCUUAAAAAAUCAUGGGUGGUAAUAAGAGGUCUUUUGGAGCCAAUAGCGACACUGGAUGAUCUGCAACAAAAACUACAACCGGUGGUAAUGCUAUACGAGAUCUGCGAAAAGAGUGGUAAAAAGUUGGACAUCAGACAAUGGGGGAAUGGUGCCAAAAGCACUGCCAGUGUUUAUGUUGAUGAAGAGUUGGUUGCACUGGCUUCAUCUGAUCGGAAGGACAUUGCAAAGCUUGAUGCUGCCAAGCUUGCUUUGCAUAAACUAGAACCUGUACUGCCUUCCGUUACCGUAGCUGACUUCUGUACCAGAUUUGAUGGUACCUUUGACAUUGAAGCAGCCAAGCAGAAGUUACAUAAAAUUUGUGAGAUGAAAAAUUGGACUAAACCAGUGUACAGCAUUGAGAAAGACGAAGGUAAUGCUCAGAACAAGAUAUAUGUAGCUGCUGUUGAGAUAGCCACUCCGGAUGGUAGACUCCGAAUGUUAGGGGAUGAAAAGUCUCGGCUGAAGGUUGCACAGAACUCUGCAGCUUCCUUGAUGAUUCGGGGCUUACAACAAGGCAAGUACCUGUGACAAUGACAAUUGUUUUAGUUUUUUGAUGAAGGUGUUGUAACACUGACUAGAUGAUAUUCCAUUUUACAAAUAAGUGAACAUUAUUUUAAUUACUUUAAUAGUCCUAUUGUUAUGAAUAAAAAAUGUCCUAUUAUCAGGACAGCAUUGCAGCUUGGUGUAAGAAAUUGGAAGUCCUAUUUGAUUGUUAAAGUGGUUUGUUGAUUAAGCAAAG